CUUCUUCUCAUUUUUGCCGCCGAAGAAGCUUCCAACGUAGCUGCCCGCACCCUUUGCGCCCUCGCUGACCUUGCUGGCGCCAGAUUGAGCACUGGAGCCCAUGGCACCGGCGUAGCUGCCGCUGUCGUCCUUGCCGCCUCUCUCGGUGCGGUUGAUGCCCUCCUUGGAGACGUGGUCACCGACUGGCUGUAGAAGACCACCCUGGCCGAUCUGUCCGGCAGCGAGGUUGUUCACACCAUCUUGAAGGUUGUCGACUUGUUCGUUGCCAGUAACCUUGGUCUUGCUGAGUUGGUCUUUUGAGGAGUCAGCAUGACAGUUGAGUACGCGCACAUGACAGGACGAGCUCACCCUUGGUAGCGUAUGAGGCCUUGUUGUCCUUGGUGAAAUAGUAGAGAACGUUGUCCUCGACCCAGGGCAUCCAGUUCUCGUACUGCUUGUUGUACUGAUUCUUUGACCACUCCAUGUUUGUGUUGUUGUGGGGAUGAGGUGGUUGUUGGUUUUGAGACUUUGGUUCGAGAGGUUGAGACAGGUAAAAUCAAGUGAAGAGCAGAGAGAACAGCAAGAGUCGGGAAUGCUUUUUGUUUUGUAUCACAAGGGAAGCAAGUCUUUAGAGAUCGAUCACACACUCAAGGAAACUGCUAUCGACUCUUUCACAUGCUCUGCCGCUUUCCUGCAUAGUGACGUGGGUUGGUCGUGGGGGUGCGUCACGCUCAGCCACCCAGAAAUCUGGGCUGGACGCUCAUGAUCUCCAUUGUGGCACACAUGAGACGUGGAUCGGCAAGUAUUCACGCGCAACAAGGCCUGGAAGAACUGUGGUGGAAAAAUGCCAUCUUUGCGAGGCCAGUUUUGACAA